CCCAUUGUCUCAACUAUUGCUGCAGCUAUAUCACCCUUUAGCCAUCUUUCUCUCCUACCGUUGCCUCGCUCCUCGUGGCUUUUAUCAGUCACUAUUGCAUUCCCGGCUGUGACAUAAUCUCGGGCGAGAUCUUGGAGGUAGAGAAAGGGAUUGAAGCCUUGCUCUCCUACCGUUAUUAUCAUUGCCUGCUGCCUUUAAUUCCCUCCCCAAAAUUUCUUUAUACUCUCGAGCCCCCAGGCUUCUGCCGGUUCGCAAAACCCCGCUGGAAACAGACAAAGGGAUCGGAGGAGGCCCCCAACAGGUGCCCUCCCUUCUCGAUACAUCACCGGUUAUCUUGUAUGCCGGCUCUAGGGUUUCUCAAGAAGAAGAAGAAAGAGAAAGAUUCAUUCGGAACCAUCGACGCCAACCUCCGCCACUACACCGGCCACUUCCCAUCACUCAUUCAAGCAUUCGAUUGCGUCAGCUUCCUCGACUUCAACUGCCCCUCCAACGACCCCAUCUGCUCCCUCUGCUCCUGCCGCCGAAUCCAUGGCAUUGGUCUCUGA